AUGUCUCCUUUGUUAUGUGCGCUCCCCAGCCUAACUUAUAUCACGCCGCAUCCAGGAACCGGACCUGGAAGCGAAUGGGCAUGCCGCACGAAUUCGAUUCCUGCCGUCCGACUCAGUGGGGCGCUCUGGUUGAAGUUUGAGUGUGGUCUUUGGCCUAAGAGUGGCAACCGUGCAGAUAGAUAUCGCGGACGUUGGCCGAACCAAAUCACUGCCAUUCGGCCUCCAGAGCGAGCGGUCGAGUUUGCGACGAUAGAGAAGCUAAAGCGCAGCGGCGACGGCUAUUUAGUCCACGGCUUUUCUCUCCAAUCACCCGCCCUCACCUUGGCGACUCCGCGUCGUUCGGUCGUUAACCGUCUAGCUCUGGCGGCGAGCACCGAGAGUCGCGAGUCGGAAGUCACUCGUGUCUCACUCGUGUCUGGAGUAGUUGACGAGGGGACGACAAUGUUGUUGCCGCCAUACGGUAAACUGCCAAAGUAA